GAAUUGUACUUGUUGUAACAGUCAUGAUGUUCUUUAUGCACACACACUAUGAGGAAAUGUUUUAAAGGGACAUUCCCAGUGACAUUCUGGCAGGGUGUGAACGUCCAGCUGCUGCACAAAGGACUGUGUGUGUGUGUGUGUCUGUGUGCGCGCGCGUCCGUCCGUCCGUCCGUGUCUCUCUCUCUUUCUGUGUGUGUGUGUGUGUGUGUGUGUGUGCGUGCGCGUGUGUGCGCGCACGCGCGCACGCGCGCGCGCGUUCCCUGGAACUCCUGCACUGAACACGCCCACAAACUGUCUCACAGGAGGAUUUGAAUACUGACAGACGCAGAGAGAGGGAGUGAGGGACGCUGUGGAGACAUGAAGCUGUGACAGGAUGAGCGAAAAUUUGUCAACAACUGUCGCUGCCCUCAGCAGCAACAGCUCGGGCACCAUGGAGCUGCUGGCGGCCUGUUUCCACGUGGACGACGCCUUCAAGUACCGAGCCUACACCUUCACCUACCUGCUGCUGUUCCCCGUGGCCUUCCUCUGCAACAUUGCAGCACUCGCAGUCUUUUUCCUGCAGAGCAGCCGCAGAAGCUCCGCCUCUUGUGUCGUCAUGAUGAACCUCGCCCUGUCAGACAGCAGCUUCUCCCUCACCCUCCCACUGCGAUUGGCUUAUUACUUCAGGGGCGGGGUUUGGGACUUCCCUGAUUGGCUGUGCCGCCUUUGUGUCUUUGGCUUCUACGUCAACCUGUACACCAGCAUCCUCUUCCUGACUCUACUAAGCGUGCUCCGUUGGCUCGCCGUGGCCCAGCCGCUGCGUCACCGCACUCUGGCUACGCCCACUCGCACCCUAUUGGCUUGUCUGGGGGUGUGGCUGUUUGUGGGCGCGUCCUCCGGCCCCUUCCUGUCCAAUGGGGUGACCAACAGGAAGGGGUUACCUCGCUGCUUCGAGCCGUCUAGCCCCUCCUCUUGGGGGCGUGUCCUGAUCCUGAACUAUGUGGCAUUGGCGCUCGGCUUCCUGCUUCCGUUCCUCACCCUCAUCUUCUGCUACAGCCGCAUCAUCCGCCACCUGACCACCGGCUUUGGGGGUGACUGCAGCAGUCCGGCCGGCCGAGCGCGCCUUCGCAACCGACGGCGCUCGGUGUACCUGGUCACCAUGGUGACGGUGACCUUCCUGAUCUGCUUCCUGCCCUACCACGUGAUCCGCUCGCUGCACCUGCACGCCGUGUGUGACCGCUGGCGGUGCGCCAUCACGGUGGCGCUGCAGAGGGCCGUUGUGGUGACGCUGUGUCUGGCGGCGUGCAACAGCGUGGUCAACCCGCUGCUGUACUACUACGCCACCAGGACGUUCAGAGACAACAUGAGGGACGCUCAGUCAUCUCUGAUGCACAGCAGAGGGGGGUCCAUCAGGCUCGGACUGGCUCUGCUGAUGAGAAGGAACACCACCUGAGAUCCGGAUCAGACUUCGGGCAAAAACUCUGAUCGCACUUUCAAAAGUCUUCAUGUUGAUAGAAAACAAGCAUCAUUUCAUUGGCGUCCCAGCGCAUUUUAUUAAUUCAUGUUAAAAUAAAUAUUUAAAGCAUUCUUCAGGAAAAAGGGACUCCCUUUUUGAAUGACCCCCUGAAAGGCCGUCGUUCAGGGGGUCCAUUUAGGGCAUUUUGGAGCCUCAAACCUUAUUUUGAGCCUUAAAAUUAAAAUUAAACAGUUGCUGAGUUUACAUUAGCCUGCCAGCAUUAUGAAUAGGUAAUAAUGAGCAUUUCUUAAUAUGAUCUUGUCAGAAUACAGUGAGGAGCCAAGUGCAAACGAGAGGCUGGACACCAAAGAAAUAUCUUAUGAGGUAUGGAAUCCAAAGCUAGCCUAUCUAGAAAAAACUCAAAACUAGACUUAACACUAGCAAAAAUUAGAGGUUAAGUUGCCGCGCCGGAGACUUUCAUAAGCUAUGAUGCAUAUUUUAGUUGACUAAAAUGUCCAAACGUUUGUUUUAUGCUGUAAAUAAGCUAAACAAAAUUACAAUUAAAGAAUACAAAUUGUUUUUUGGCCUACACCAUUGAUAAACGAAAAUUGAAAUGUAAAGAAAUAACCGUUCAAUUUCGUAUAAAUGUUUUGGUCACAGUUACAGGGAGCCACUGGAGACGGUCUGAAGAGCCCCAUGGCUCCAGAGCCGCAGGUUGCCUACCCUGAUCUAGGGGAGUCAAGGGAUGGUUUGGUAGUCCAGGGGUUGUUGGGGAGUCUAGAGAUUGUUGGCUGGUCUAGAGAUUGUUGGAGAGUCCUGAGAUUGUUGGGGAAUCUAGAGAUUGUUGGGGUGUCUAGAGAUUGUUGGGGUGUCUAGAGAUUGUUGGGGUGUCUAGAGAUUGUUGGGGAGUCUAGAAAUUGUUGGUGAGUUUAGAGAUUGUUGGCGAGUCCAGAGAUUGUUGGCGAGUCCAGAGAGUAGGGAUUGUUGGCGAGUUUAGAGAUUGCUGGCAAGUCUAGAGAUUGUUGGCGAGUUUACAGAUUGUUGGGGAGUCUAGAGAUUGUUAUCAAGUUUAGAGAUUGUUGUGGAGUCCUGAGAUUGUUGGGGAGUCCAGAGAUUGUUGGGGUGUCUAGAGAUUGUUGGCGAGUCUAGAGAUUGUUGGGGUGUCUAGAGAUUGUUGGGGUGUCUAGAGAUUGUUGGUGAGUCUAGAGAUUAUUGAGGAGUCUAGAGAUUGUUGGAGAGUCCUGAGAUUGUUGGGGUGUCUAGAGAUUGUUGGCGAGUCUAGAGAUUGUUGGGGAGUCCAGAGAUUGUUGGGCAGUCUAGAGAUUAUUGGGGAGUCUAGAGAUUGUUGGGGAGUCCUGAGAUUGUUAAGGGUAUUGCUUGGUUUCAAUUGAUUGUUGUGAGGAGUCCAGGGUUGUCAGGCAGUACAAAAAUUGUCAUGGGGUCUAGUGGUUUCUGAGGAGUUCAGGAAUGGUUGGGGAUUCUGGGGUUGUUGAGAAGAGUCCAUGGAUUUCUGAGGAUGGUCCAGUGGUUGUUAAGGAUUCCAGGCAUUUUUGUUGAGUCAAGUGGUUGUUUAGGAUUGUUGAGGUCCAUCUAGGGGACACAUGCAGGCUGACUUUAAGUGAGCUUUCAAUCUGGUCACAUUCUCUUUUUUCUGUUCAUGUUCAGACUCAAAUUGACAGUGAAUGUAGGUAUUAGCACCACGUGUAUCUCUGUUGUUAAAAUGUUAAUUUGUCCGCCACUGACGAAAAAUGCACUAUAUCCUCCUGUUUGUUUAAAUCUUUACAGUGAGCAGCUAAUUAAACUAUAUUUGUGGGGGGUUUUUAAGGAUUGUUAUCAGACUAACAUGUUGUUGGUUUGUGAAUCUGUAAGUUAUUGUUUUACUGAGUGUAAACAUGUUUCAAGUGAAGAAUCUGAAGUGUUUCUGUUUAUUUCGUUACAAAUGUGAUGACAAGUUUCCAUCACGUAGACAGGAAACAUCUCCUUGUGUUUCUUGAGAAGUUUAUAAUCCCACGGGUGCUUUUCUUUCGGCUGAAGAGGAGGCGUAUUUAUCAAAACGUUGCCCUCUGACUCACAGGAAACCAGCUGCCAAAUAUUUACCCUUUAGUUAACAAUUUAACUUAAGGGAACAUUCGUUAAACUAGGAAUAAGCAUAAACUAACCUUGGAUUAAUAAGUAGUAAACAUUUACAGAUAAUGUCCUGGAUAUGUUGUA